UUGAACAAAACCUCAUCUCUUCUUAAAAAGAAAGGAAAAAAAGCAGUUAAUCUCUUUUCUGAAAGUCUCUUUAUAUAUGUCCCUCCCCUCCUCCCAGAGAGGAACAGUAAAGGGAGGAGCUUACUCACUGUUCUAACCACACUUCGUAGGUCUUGAGUGCUUUUUGGUUUCCUGUCGGCUGUAAUUCAACUCUGUGCCAUCUUGACUUGCCCGAAGGGUGGAUAAAUACCUAGGUGACUGCACCGAGAAGGGGAGUGAGUUCUCAUAGUCUGAUUUGAACAUAAGGCAUGAGAUUGAAUUUGUGAAAGCUUUCUGUAGCCUCUGAAGACAUCUUUUUUUUUUUUCCUGUGACAUUGACUUUCUUCAUUAUAUUUGUGGGCUGUUGUUUCUAAGAAGAAUUUAUCAUGACUCUGCUGGAACCUGAGAUGUUAAUGAUGGCGGUACAGUCAGUGCUGCAGUUGAAGCUCCAGCAGCGCCGGACCCGGGAAGAGCUGGUGAGCCAAGGGAUCAUGCCGCCUUUGAAAAGCCCAGCUGCAUUUCAUGAGCAGAGAAGGAGCUUGGAGCGGGCCAGGACAGAGGACUAUUUGAAACGGAAGAUUCGUUCACGGCCUGAGAGAUCGGAGCUGGUCAGGAUGCAUAUUUUGGAAGAAACCUCGGCUGAGCCUUCCCUCCAGGCCAAGCAGCUGAAGCUCAAGAGAGCCAGGCUAGCCGAUGACCUCAACGAGAAGAUUGCACAGAGGCCUGGCCCCAUGGAGCUGGUGGAGAAGAACAUCCUGCCUGUGGAGUCCAGCCUGAAGGAAGCCAUCAUUGUGGGCCAGGUGAACUACCCGAAAGUAGCAGACAGCUCUUCCUUUGAUGAGGACAGCAGCGAUGCCUUAUCCCCUGAGCAGCCUGCCAGCCACGAGUCCCAGGGUUCAGUGCCAUCACCCCUGGAGGCCCGUGUCAGCGAACCACUGCCCAGUGCCACUUCCGUAUCUCCCACUCAGGUUGUGUCACAGCUCCCAACAGGCCCAGAUUCCGGAGAAAUGCUCUUCCUGGCAGAGCACCCCCCUCUGCCUCCCCCGCCUCUGCUACCUCCCAGCCUCACCAACGGAACCUCGGUCCCCACUGCCAAGGCCACCCCCACGCUCAUUAAGCAAAGCCAACCCAAGUCUGCCAGUGAGAAGUCACAGCGCAGCAAGAAGGCCAAGGAGCUGAAGCCAAAGGUGAAGAAGCUCAAGUAUCACCAGUAUAUUCCCCCGGACCAAAAGCAGGACAAGGGGGUGCCACCCAUGGAUUCCUCCUAUGCCAAGAUCCUGCAGCAGCAGCAGCUCUUCCUGCAGCUGCAGAUCCUCAACCAGCAGCAGCAGCAGCACUACAACUACCAGACCAUCCUGCCCGCCCCACCAAAGUCAGCAGGUGAGGUUCUGGGAAGCAGUGGGGCACCCCAGGUCCGCAGCCUCUCCACUAAUAAUAGCAGCUCCAGCACGGGUACCCCUGGGCCCAGUGGGCUGGCACGUCAGAACAGCACCUCAAUGACUGGAAAGCCGGGAGUUCUGCCGGCCAACCUUGAUGACAUGAAGGUGGCAGAACUGAAGCAGGAGCUGAAGCUGCGGUCAUUGCCUGUGUCAGGCACUAAGACAGAGCUGAUCGAGCGCCUGCGCACCUACCAAGAUCAAAUUAGCCCUGCUCCAGGAGCCCCCAAGGCCCCUGCCACCACCUCUAUUCUGCCCAAGGCUGGUGAGGUAGUGGUGGCCUUCCCAGCGGCCCGGCUGAGCACAGGACCAGCCUUGGUGGCAGCUGGCCUGGCCCCAACUGAGGUGGUAGUGGCCACGGUGACCAGCAAUGGAGUGGUGAAGUUUGGCAGCACGGGCUCCACACCUCCUGUGUCUCCCACUCCCUCAGAGCGUUCACUGCUUAGCACGGGUGAUGAGAACUCCACCCCUGGGGACACAUUUGGAGAGAUGGUAACGUCACCCCUGACACAGCUCACCCUGCAGGCCUCGCCACUGCAGAUCUUCGUGAAGGAGGAGGGCCCCCGAGCUGGGUCUUGUUGCCUGAGCCCUGGGGGGCGGGCAGAGCUGGAGGGUCGUGACAAGGACCAGAUGCUGCAGGAGAAGGACAAGCAGAUCGAGGAACUGACCCGCAUGCUCCGGCAGAAGCAGCAGCUAGUGGAGCGGCUGCGGCUGCAGCUGGAGCAGGAAAAGCGGGCCCAGCAGCCUGCCCCUGCCCCCACUGCACUCUGCACCCCAGUGAAGCAGGAGAAUAGCUUCUCUAGCUGCCAGCUGAGCCGACAGCCUCUGGGCCCUAUUCACCCCUUCACCCCUACCCUGGCAGCCUCAACUACCAACCACAUAGAUACUUGUACCCCAGCCCCUGGGACCUCUGCUGUGAUGGUGAAGCAGGAGGUCGUGCUGCCUGAGCCCGAGCAGGUUCCUGUCCCCCAGCUGCUGCUGGGCUCCCAGGGCCCCGGCCUCAUCAAGGGAGUCGCACCUCCCACCCUUAUCACCGACUCCACAGGGACCCACCUUGUCCUCACCGUGACCAAUAAGAAUGCAGAUAGCCCUGGCCUGUCCAGUGGGAGCCCCCAGCAGCCCUUGUCCCAGCCUGGUUCUCCAGCCCCCGGCCCACCCACACAGAUGGACCUGGAGCACCCACUGCAGCCUCUCUUUGGGAGCCCCCCUUCUCUGCUGAAGAAGGAGCCGCCUGGGUAUGAGGAAGCCAUGAACCAGCCCAAACAGCAGGAAAAUGGUUCCUCGAGCCAGCAGAUGGAUGACCUGUUUGACAUUCUUAUUCAGAGUGGAGAAAUUUCAGCAGAUUUCAAGGAGCCACCAUCCCUGCCAGGGAAGGAUAAGCCACCCUCGACAGCAGCCUGUGGGUCCCCCUUGGCUGCCCAGCCCUCACCUUCUGCCGAGCUACCCCAGGCUGCCCCAUCUCCGCCAAGCCCCCCCUCCCUCCCUGGUCGCCUGGAGGACUUCCUGGAGAGCAGCACAGGGCUGCCUCUGCUGACCAGUGGGCACGAAGGGUCAGAGCCCCUUUCCCUCAUUGAUGACCUCCAUAGCCAGAUGCUGAGCAGCUCUGCCAUCCUGGACCACCCCCCGUCACCUAUGGACACCUCGGAAUUGCACUUUGCCCCUGAGCCUAGCAGCAGCAUGGGCCUGAACCUGGCUGAUGGGCACCUGGACAGCAUGGACUGGCUAGAGCUGUCGUCCGGCGGUCCUGUGCUAAGCCUGGCCCCCCUCACUACCACAGCCCCCAGCCUCUUCUCCACGGACUUCCUUGAUGGCCACGAUUUGCAGCUGCACUGGGAUUCCUGUUUGUAGUUCUCUAGCUCCAGAGACUGGGUGUGGGGAAGGGGCUGGAAAUUGGGAAGCCAUAGAACUUUGGCAAGGUGGCCCUUACCUACUUGAUUCAGCCUCUCCUUGUGGUUGUCUUGACAAUCAGUCUUUUUUUUUUCCUUCCCUAGGGGGCUGGAACAGAGGGGGUCCCUACUCCUGGUGCAGUCUUACCCAGGACAGAGGCGAGCAGAUGUUGAGAAGCUCUGGGUCCCAUGCUGGGGUCUUAGAGACCUGGACAGGGUUGGGCCAUUUCAAUUUGACCUCCUUUUUUGAGGUCCAAGGUACACCUCCUGGCUGUAGUUUGGCUAAGUGGGUGAGCCCCAUGCUGAUAGGGGUUGAGGGAUUAGUCUCCUUCCUGUCUCUUACCCUUUGCCAUAAGGGAAGAAACUUCAGCCCUCUACCUCCCCGUUCCCUGUUGUCUGCCAACCCCAGGCUCCCGCCGAGGCUUCCUGGGAGGGGGCUCCCUGCCAUUUUAGUGUCUUGGUGUAGUGUAAUCAUUUAGUGGUUAGUGGCAAAAUUUUUCUGUACAGGUGUAUAUACCUCUAUAUUAUAUAUCAAUAUACAUAUAUAUACAUAUAGUGGGGGGGAUGGGAGGCGGGUGUAGCUCCCUCCCAUCUUACUCACAGAAGGGCCUGCAGCGCCACAGCUCCUAGGUCUUGGACGCAGAGGCACCUUCGAGCUGUGUGCCACAUGGCUUGGUGCCCUGCCUGGCAUGCAGCUGCCUGACCCACCCAUCACGUGUGUGUGACAUGUAGACACCCUGCCACAGCCUGUGCCCCACCUGCCCUGCUUCCUGGAUGCUUACCAGUGCCACUAGGGCAGAGGUGCUUCCUGGUCAUCCUGCCAGGGCCUCUCCACCCACAUUCCGUCCCCCUUGCCUCACUGCAGCCAACAUGGCUCUGGGACAGAGGGGCUUUGGGCCCAGCUCCACCUUCCCAUGGGGCUGAGAGGUGGCUGUGAAGCUGUGGAAUCCCCCUACCCUGGUGGCCCCACAUUCUGGCCUGAUUUGUAGAGGAGUUAGGGACACAAGUCACCGAAACCAGUGCUGGGAAAAGGUGGGGAAGCUGUGUGAACUUUUUAAAAUAAAAACAAAAACACUGG